UCUAUCGUUGUGCUCAGAAAGACAGAGGGUGAGGGAGUGGUAGAGAAAGAGAAUAAAAAGCCUUUUUUUUUAUUGCAUUGGAGGGUAAAAAAAAAAAAAAAAAUUGUUUGCUUGUUUUUUUGGGGAUUGGCGUUUCUGGAUCGCCGACUGGGGGUAAUUAUCUCCGGUUUAAUUACAGAAUAAAGGGGUGGGUAGAGAAUGUCCAGGGAAAAACACGGUUUGGAAGGGGGGUGUUGUCAGAUGUCCCCUCCCCCCUACAUGCCCUGCCAGGACGUCCCCUCCUCUAACGGGGUCCAGCCUCAGCCUCGGUACCCUGCCCCAGAAGGCUGUGCACAGAGGCACUGCCCCCCUCCCCAGGGCUCUCAAGGGUACACCGUGCAGACCCAGGGGGAGUCGGGGGCGGACGGGCCCCCAGGAGGCUAUGUUCAGCCCGGGUACCCCCUGCAGCUCCAGCCCUGCACAGCCUACCUGCCGUUCUACCCCACUGGGGGAGCUGGGCAGCCCUACCUCCCUGGCAGUGGCCCCCAGCCCCCUGGCAUGGUGCAGGGGCAGGUGCCGAUGCAGUUCCCCCCGGGAAUUACCCUGAUGGAAUCUCGGCGCCCCCCUCACGAUUACCUGCCCAUCGCCGUGCUCACCACAGUCUGCUGCUUCUGGCCCACUGGCAUCAUCGCCAUCAUCAAAGCAGUGCAGGUGCGGUCUGCGGUUGCCCGGGGCGACAUGGUCUCUGCGGAGAUCGCUUCUCGGGAGGCGCGGAACUUCUCAUUCAUCAGCCUGGCGGUGGGCAUCUCCUCCAUGGUGCUGUGCACCAUCCUCAUCGUGGUGGUCAUCAUAGCCUCACGGCAGGACGAGUGGGAACCCUAGCUGCAGAGCGAUCCCAGCCCCCCUCUCCACCCCUGUCCCGCUGACUGCAUCCCCGUCUCUGGCAUCUCGGCUUACGCUUCUCCACAAGCUGGAGUGGGACCCUGACUAUCCUAGUUAGACAGCUUUUUGCUCCAUUGCUCCACAGGCUAGAAUAGGAUGCUGACAGCUGUUUGGAAGCCAGUUUCCUCCAUGAUGCCCCAGUCUAGUCUAGCCAGAGAACCACAGCAAGCCUACCCUAGCUCUCCUGGCUGUUUCCGCUGCUCCCUCUUAUCCUUAGGAAACUGCACUCUCUGUUGACCAUCUUGGAUCUUGCGUCUGUAUAGGCUAGAACAGGAAUAUGAGUCCAUGCUUUGAGCCGUGAUGGAGUCAGUUUCCUAAUCAUUAUGCGAGAAUCAGAAUAACCUCACAGCUUCCUCCUUUUGUCGCUGACUGGACUACAAUAUUCAGAAUCCCCCAGCUAAUUCUUUUGUAAUCCAGUCUUUCCUUCAUAGGGUUGUUUCCCAAACAUUCAGAUCGUUCAAGGGCAGCGUGAACGGUGAAGCGUGCCGGUUAGAGUAAGGAAUAAGUAGGGUAUGGUUCAGAUGUAGGGUGUAGGGCAGGGGUAUCAAACUCAGUUCCUGGAGGGCCACAGUGUCUUGUAGCUUUCGUUCCACCCCGAGCUCUCAAUUACUUAAUUGGUCUAAUUAUUGAUUAAUUGGACACAUUUAACACUUCUCUCCAGGUCUCACAAUGUUUUAUAAGUAGUGUGCCUUCAAUCAAAGUGCAUUUAAGUCAUCAACUGUUAAUUGAUCAAUUAAGUUAAUUGAGAGCUAAUUUAGAAUGAAAACUAGAAGACCCCACAUGAUAUAGUGCUCACAUCAACUUGAUUUUCAUCUCUAAUUCAGUGUGAUGCCAAAUCCAAUUGGGUGGGUUCUAAUAAGCUGGCCAACAGUGUAAUUAUAGUAUAGCAAAAGUUUUAGACGUGUUGCGUUUUUGUACUCUGAUGCAUUGUGAGCAUCAACAAUUUACUCAAAGCAUCCACUAGUGUUUUCUACUAUUAUAACAACCUUGACUUGCAUAAAGAAGGAAAAGCAUUGAGUGAAAUCGCUCGCAUCGCUCCAUUUUCAAGAUGUGGUAUCCAAAGCAUAAUCAACAAGUAUAGAGAAGCAGCAUCUGUCAUUGACAAACCCAGGGCUGGAAGACCCAAAAAGAUAUCUAACAAGGAUGAGCGAGACUUGAAGAUAAUAUCCAUAAGGAAUAGAAAGAAGACA